AUUGGUUCUAUUUGAUCAAAAUAUGUUUUUAAAAUAAAUAUAACAAAAAUAUAAUACUAAAUCUAGUUAUUUUGUGUAAUAAUUUAUUAUUUAUUCAUAUUUCGAUAUGUGUAAGUAUAAAAAGUUUGGCAACGUGGCGUUACAGAUCUCUGUAGGUGCUUAAUAGUCUGACCGCAUAGUUUAUACUGGCGUGGAAAUCCAAAUGUUUUUGGCAUUUUUCUCAGUCAGCAAAUGGCGUCUAGGCGGAGGUGUACUAAAUUUUCACGCGUAAGUGAUGAAUGAAUUGAGUUGCGUGUUUCCCAACUUGAAUUUGUGAAAAAUUAACGAAAGAGCGCGGUAUGUAUUUACCUGUGGCGGAGCCAGUGCAGCUCGAAAACUGGUCGCUAGCCUGAAAUCCAACUGGAAUCAAACAAUAAUAGACCCAGGAUUGAAUUGUAAACAAUGAACGAAGAAGUCGAGGUAAAAGUGCCCGACGAGCGACAGGUCUGGCCGCCCGUCGAUCCGGCUAACGUGAGCCCCAUCCCUUCGCAGCACAUCUCCAUGCCAACAACGCCACAAGGUGCCCCCAUCAAUCCCAACACCGAGUAUGAGCUGCCAUUCGAGCUGGUCCAACAGGGCUGGAAGAAGUUCUGGUCGAAAAGGGAGAACCGACCGUACUUUUGGAACAAGCUCACUGGGGAGAGUCUCUGGGAGAUGCCCAUGAUUAAGCCGGCAUUCGACCCCAUCACUGAUCCACUUGGAAUAUGUGCACCACCGCCGCCGAUGCACCUGCCGCCUGUGGCGUCUCCGCUGCCGGUGGUAAAGCGACGAGCGUCCGAAGACAUGCCGGGCGGUCCCCAGGCUAAGAAAUUCGUCCUGGCUGGACCGUGGGACCUGGACGUGCCCACCAACGUUAUAAUCCUCGAACGGAGCCCGUGCUCGUACAUGCACUCGCACCCGGAGGUGGAGGCGUACAGAUGCAGCCUGCUGUCCAAGUUGCGACAGUGUUACCAGGAAUUGUGCCAUUCAAGGGAGAGCAUAGACGCCCCAAAGGACUCGUUCAAUCGGUGGCUGAUGGAGAGAAAAGUCAUUGACACAGGUCUUGACCCACUGUUACCCAGCAACUGCUACCCCGAAAUCUCCCAAGCCAUGUACAAAGAAAUAAUGAACGACAUCCCGAUAAAACUGGUCCGGCCGAAGUUCACGGGUGACGCCCGCAAACAGCUGAGUCGGUACGCCGAAGCCGCCAAGAAAAUCAUGGAGUCCCGCAAUGCGGAGGCUGAAAGUCGCAAGGUGGUCAAGUGGAAUGUGGACGAGACGUUUCAGUGGCUUAGGAAAACUGUGGGUGCCACCUACGACGACUUCCAGGAUCGUUUGGGUCAUCUAAAGCAGCAGUGUCAGCCUCACCUCACCGAUACCGUGAAAACUUCUGUGGAAGGGAUCUGUUUGAAGAUCUACAACCUGUCUUGCGAGUACGCGAAGAAGGUGCGAGAGAAAUCAAGCAGCAUCCUCAAGGAGCAUAACAUGGAGUUGCCACCUGCCAUGAUUAUGAACACCACCCGCAAAGUUUGGUGCUACCCUGUACAAUUUGCCAUUUGCUGUCCCCGCCUACCCGUUGUCGAAUAUCUGCCCGACAGAGACCAGAGUUUGCUGCGGUACCAAGGCGAUACUUUAGCCAUUAAUAAUUCCCAUCUACAGAAAUUGGAACACCUGUACAGGCACAGUUGCUUCGACGACAAGAAGUUCGAGUUGUUCGUGCCGCGUGUCUGGGUGAUGCUGAAACGGUACGCGACGUAUUUGGGCGUGAACCCCUCGUCGUCGGGCGCCGCCAAUUCCGACGCCCACGACACCCAAGCUUCCCUGCCGGUCACCGUUUUCGAAUGUCUGAACAGGACCUUUGGCGUCACGUUCGAAUGUUUUGCGUCGCCCCUCAACUCGUAUUUCAAGCAGUACUGCUCUUCGUUCGCCGAUUGCGACUCAUACUUUGGUAGCAGAGGACCGUUCCUGCAACUCAAGGCAGUCUCCGGCUCGUUCGAGGCGAACCCGCCCUUCAGCGAGGAACUGAUGGAGGCUUCGGUGAACCACAUGGAACGACUGCUGACCGACAGUCCCGAACCGCUGAGCUUCAUCGUCCUGAUGCCGGACUACAGGGACCCGACACCCGUCGCUCUCGACCGUCUCGAAUCCAGCCAGUUCAAGCGGAAACAGGUCACCGUGCCCGCUUACGAGCACGAGUUCCGGCACGGGUUCCAGCACGUCCUCAACAAGUCUGAACUGAACGUGCGGUCGGCCCACGGCACGGUGAUAGUGUGGCUGCAGAACACGACAGGUCACCAACGCUGGGAGCCGACGGAGGACCGGGUGCAGGCCCUGUUGGAGGCGUUCAGGCCGGGCAGGGAGCGAGAGCGGGAUCGACAGGAGUUGCUGAGCCCCACGCGACAAGGCAGCACCUCCUCGGACAAGGACGUAAUCGUGCACUGAAGAUUUACUCCGCUAUACGUACCGUUUCGCAUUACAGAAGCACCUGUCAACGAAAGAGCGGUGUCUUCUGAAAUAGUGAAUUUCUAGAUAGGGUAAUUGUUCGUUCUCCACACAUGUAACCUGAUGUUGUUUGAUAUGGAGAUGUCCACUUGUGUGUUAUUUAUUUUGAUCCAUCUCUGUUACAGUUUUAUUACAUCUAUCAUCUGAAUUACUUAAUUAAAAUGCAUGCGUUUUUCUUUACUCUUUGCGAACUCCGUUGCUCUUCACCUUGUUGUAUUUACCCUUACUUCCAUAUAGAUUUUUCGUAUAAUGGAAGCUAAAAAAUAUGUAUAUAAGGAGA